CUGAAAAUGGCGGCGAAUGAUUUUCUACAUUAACUUUGUCGUGAAUUUACACAGUGGAGCUGUCUAAAUAAUGCUUACUUAAACUUAGAACAGAAAAGUCACUAGGGAAGCCUGGACGGAAUGUACAUUUUAAUUGUACAAAGUACAGGAAGACUGUUUUAACGGCUGGAUUUCCCUCACUCUGAGCCAGAGUUUAAUUCUUGUGGAAAUAUGGUUUUAUUUGAAACUUAAACGGGGGUUAGCUUACGUUACUCGAUAAAUAUUCGCGCCUCACUCCUCGCACCUCCAUAAUGUUUUACUGCAAUAUCAGACAGUUGUACAUAUAAGCCGUAUGUAUAAGCAAGCCCCCAUAGCACUUCGUAAUUGUAUAUCUUUUUGAAGGGUUAGUGGGCUAGUUAGCGGUUGGUUAGCUGGUGCUGAUGCUCGUUUAUUGUCCCUUCAGCUUGACAUCUAUAUUCUGCUGUUUUUAUCCUCUACACUUUUUUUAGUGUAAACAUUUGAUUUAGUACAACGAUUUGAAAUUAUUAAAGAACAUGCACACAUUUUGAAUUGGUUAUAUGAACGAUUUUUAGACGAAUUUUGUUUACGAUUGAAAAAGUAUAUCUCAUUAUACUGUCCUGACAGAGUAUUCGAUACCGUUUUCAUGUAGAUUAUCGUAUUUUGACUUGGAAGUACAGCGAGUACAGUGGCCCGCACAGUUGUGGCGGUUAUUUCUGGCACGAUUAACGGAGAAUUGCUUGCUCGCGACUCGCCCGUGCUGCGGCGGGCGACGCGUGAGGCUUUAUUCUGACAAUGGACGACUCCAAACCGCGUUACAGCAAGCGACUGCGGUCCGGGACACGGCGACGGUACCAAGACGAUGGCAUUUCCGACGACGAGAUCGAGGGAAAGAGGACAUUUGAUCUGGAGGAGAAGCUGCAUAGCAGCCGCUUCAACUCGGACAGAGUCAAACGCAUGGAGGGCAAAGACUUUACAUUUGAGUAUAUCCAGAGAGGAGGGCUCAGGGAUCCCAUCAUCUUUGAGAGACCGGAUGGACUUGGCAUGAAAAUGCCGGAUCAAGACUUCAGUGUGAAUGAUGUAAAAUCAUUGGUUGGAAGUCGGCGGAUGAUUGAUGUGAUGGAUGUGGCUACUCAGAAGGGGACGGAGAUGUCAAUGAACCAGUGGAGGCGGUACUAUGAGACUCCUCCCUCUCAGCGAGAGAAGCUUUACAAUGUUAUCAGCCUUGAAUUUAGCCACACUAAACUAGAGAGCCUGGUGAAAAGACCUACCACGGUGGAUAUGAUUGACUGGGUGGACAACAUGUGGCCACGGCACUUAAAGGAAAGACAAAGAGAUUCCACAAACUCUAUCAUGGAGAUGCAAUACCCCAAAGUGCAGAAGUAUUGCUUAAUGAGUGUGCAGGGCUGUUACACAGAUUUCCACAUAGAUUUUGGGGGUACAUCUGUGUGGUACCACAUACUGCAAGGAUGCAAGGUGUUUUGGUUAAUCCCACCCACACCGCAAAACCUGGAGCUUUAUGAGAACUGGGUGUUGUCAGGGAAACAAGGAGACAUCUUCCUUGGUGACAAGGCCACUGACUGCCAGAGGAUUGAGCUCAAGCAGGGCUACACAUUCAUUAUACCAUCAGGUUGGAUCCAUGCAGUUUACACACCUGUGGACACACUUGUGUUUGGUGGAAAUUUUCUGCAUAGUUUUAACAUCCCCACACAGCUGCAAAUCUCCAGCAUUGAGGACAGGACACGAGUGCCAGCUAAGUUCCGUUAUCCAUUUUAUUAUGAGAUGGGCUGGUACGUGUUGGAGCGUUAUCUUUACAGCAUGACCAACACCUCCUACCUCAUCCCUGAGUUCCAGAAAUACUCUCUGGGCAUCGGCUUGAAAUGGGAAAGCUCGGGUGGUGAGGUACUAAAUGGCCAUGUUAAAGAGGAGAGAGAUGAUGAUGCUCCCUCUCCUCCCAUUGGGCCAGGAUUGAAAGUUCACUUGACCCCUUUUGAGCUGGAGGGGCUGUGGAAUCUGGUGGGGAAGCUGGAGUCUCUGCCUGCUCAUAAGAAAUGUGUCCCUUCAGGAAUACACAAUGCUGCUGCCCUGCUGCAUGAUAUACGGGCAUUAUUGAAAGAACAUGCCAAUGACAUCCCCAAACUAUCCUAUACUGGAAAACCUAUUGUCAGAUGGCCGAAGAGGCCCUCCUGGUACCAGCCCCCUCCUCUCCCUCCACCCAUUAUUCGUCCCAAACUGGCAACCACACCUGUUGUUCCACGUCCAGUGAAACCAGCCUCCAAUAUGUCGGUCUUGCGGCGACGGCGUGUACGCUGUAAACGCUGUGAGGCAUGUCUGCGUACUGAGUGUGGUGACUGCAACUUCUGCAGAGACAUGAAGAAGUUUGGUGGUCCUGGCAAACUCAAACAGACCUGUGUUCUCCGGCAGUGUCUCGCUCCUGGUUUGCCACUGUCUGCUGUAUGUGAGCUCUGUGGGGAGGGUAACCAGGAGACUAGUGAAGAGCUCAUGGAGUGCUCCAACUGUGCUCAGAUAGCACAUCCAAGCUGUUUGAAGGUGUCAGGUGAUGGAGUGGUUAACAAAGACCUGCCUAGCUGCUGGGAGUGUCCCAAAUGUGUUUUUGGAAAAGACACAGAAUCUGAGUCGUCAGACAGCGGUGAUGACAUCAUGGCACAGGAUGGGUCAGGGGGGCGAGGGGGCGAGGGCAGGGAAUGGCACGGGGUCGGGCAGCCCCCCUCUUCUCUCUCCCAUGGGUCGCUCCCAAAACGGGCAGCAGCCCCUGAGCAGCGGCUACGGAAGAGGAAACGUAAGUCCUCAUCUCUUGAUCCUCGAGUGGCUAAGAUCUACCGGCGGCAUGGAAUGGACCCUGAUGAUGAUUCCGGCAGUGAUGAUGAGGAUGGAGAUAAUGGGAAGAAGGCGAUCCACUCAAGGGGUGGGGUCUCUUCAUCCCGCCGAGGCUAUGGAGCUGGUAGGCGAGGUGUUUGGAGGAGCUCUAGACAAAGAGGGGGAGGCAGCUUGGCAACAAGUUCACUGAAAAUGAGACGGGGACUUGGGGCAAGGGCCGAGAGAGGGGGUCGGGUUAGGUUAAGAGGAGGAACUCAAAUGAAACGACAACGCUAUGAAACAGAGGACGAAGAUGAUGAUGAUGAUGAUGAUGAUGAUGAUGAAGAACAUGAUGAGGAGGUGGAUGAGGAUGACAGUGAUGAGGAGAGGCAUCUGGGAAGGUUAGAUAAGGAGCAUCGUUCUCGAAGACGAAGACGUAGAGGCGAAAACUACUACGAUGAAGAUGAUGACGAAGAUAGCGAGGAACAGGACAUUGAUGGGGAGGACGAGGAGAUGGAAGACUUAGAUGAUGGAGAGGAAGAUGAUGAUGGGGAGAACCAGUCAAACUCUGAUACCGACCCACCUGUCUUACUUGUCUCAGACUUGAAUGAUGACCUGCUCAAUGACUCUUACCUGACUGUGACACUCCAGCGCCCCCCAAAAGCCAAACGUGACCCUGGCUCCAUUGUGCCCAAACUGGAGGCUGCUGUGUCUACACGCACACCCAGCACUCCUGGCUUCAUUCAGCGCAAGUCACUGCCCAGGAAUCGACUCAAAAACAGCAGCAUCUCGACACCUGCUGGUAAUGGCCUUUCUCAGUCCAAAGGUCGACUCUCGAGGCGAAACCCCAGUCAUGACGGUCGAGAGAGAGACACGGCAUCACCUUCCUCAAUAUCUUCUCGUUUAUCUGUUUCUCCACCACCUCCUGCCAUCACCACUUGCUCUCCUCCCUCCCUCCUCUCUCAUCCCUCAUUCCGUGACGUAGGAAACGAGCGAGGCUGUGAAAAGGAUAUUUGGGUGUCAGUGUUCCGGUACUUGUGCCGGACAGACUUGGCUGUGUGUAUGAGAGUCUGCAAAGCUUGGUAUAAAUGGUGUUGUGAUAAGCGCUUGUGGACACGGAUAGAUCUGAGCCGCUGUCGGUCACUAAGUGCUCAGGCUGUAUCAGCCAUCAUUAAACGACAACCAGUGAUACUCAACCUCUCCUGGACACCUGUAUCAAAGAAACAGAUUGCCUGGCUCAUCCAUCACCUUCCAAGUCUGAAAGAUCUUUUAAUGUCAGGUUGCUCUUCAUUAUGCGUGUCCACGCUAAGUUCGCAGAUUUGUCCGGGUUUGCGAACACUUGACCUUUGUUGGGCUGUGGGCGUCAAAGAUUCACAAAUAAAAGACCUUAUCAUGCUGCCAGGCAGUGAAAGUCGUAGUCGGAUGAGAGGUUUGCUCACCUUACGCUUGUCUGGUUUGGAUCUAAGUGACUCUACCCUGAAGUUGAUCGUCAGACAUAUGCCUUCACUGCGGAGCUUAGAUUUGUCACACUGCCAGGGGAUCACAGACCAGUCCAUUAACCUGCUCACGGCCUCUGGCUGCAACACUCGCAACACACUUAGACAACUCAAUCUUGCAGGUUGUAAUAAGUUGACGGAUGCUUGUCUAUCCUAUAUGAAGCGAUUAUCAGCCCUCACUAUGUUGGAUCUGCGAGGCUGUAAGAAUGUGACUCGACAUGGCUGUGAAAACUUUAUAUCUGACCUGUCCUAUUGCACCGUCUUUUGUCUGACUGAGGACAGACUCAUUCAGAGAAUAUCGUAAUGUGCACACUUACAGUCUCUGCACAGCUCUGCUUAGUGAGCUCACAGGUGCACAAAUGGGAGGAUGAGGCUGAAGACCAAGUCGGAAGGAUAUGAGUGUUGUUCUAAAAGGGUAAAAACAGUCUGAAAUGAGUUAUGUUCUUUUCUGCUGUCUUUAUCAUGAGAUACAAGUGGUGGAUUUUUUUCUCCCUCAUCCCAUGUGACAGAUCCAGACACAUCCAGUGUGUGGCUCUGGGCAUUUGGUCUCAUCAAAAGUGACUUCUUCAGAAGAAUCUAAGACUUAUGUGAGUGAGUUUGAAAUGUAAUUUUAAAAUUCAGACCAAGUUGGAUUUGAAGAUUUGAUCAGAGAUUGUGGCCACUGACAUUUUACCUUGGGCCUAAUGCCGCAGAGAAGUCUGUGUCAAUGAUAAGCUGUAAAGCAGGAUUAUGAUUGAUGAAGAAAAUUAUGCACAUCUUUCUAGUUCUCAUCUGUCAACAAAGAAUGAAGUGGCAAGCACUUUUUUAUGUGCCAUUAGAGAAGAAAUUUUAAUCAUACAGCCUACUGAUCCACAUGCUCUCUUUCACUCACACUUUCUUUGGGUCCGAACACAAAUCUUGGUAGUUCAACCUUUUUGAAGGUCUUGCUGCCUGUAUUUUUGUGGACACUACAUAUUACACCACAAUAACAGGUUUUACUCUUUACUUUUCUUUGUUUGUACUUUUGCUUGCUCUCAUCCCAUAUUCCUGAUUUACCUUCAUUCUCCUGUCCUGUUUAAACUUUUUGAAAGGGUUGUUGUACACAGUUAGGCUAAGUUGUUUAUUUACCAUUGGAAAGCUGUUACUUCAAUGCAACUUGUAGCAACACAAUAGCAAUUAUUUUCUGAAGACUUUUAGAAAAUAUUGUUCAUUUUGUUUCGUUUUUCAUUAAAAAAAUCAGAAAAUAAAAAAAUGUUGAA